AUGGCUCGUUUCAGUCUCAUUGCUCUUCUCGGUUCUUUCCUUGCUGGUAUCGCUGUUGCUGCCCCAGUCCCAGUCAAGCUUGAUUUGGUAGUUCGCGCCAAUACUACGGCCACCGGCACCUUCACUGAGCAGGCUUAUGCUGAUUUUCAAAUAUCUGAUGGUGUUGGGGGAACCGCAGUUGAUGAAGCUAACGCGGUCUUUGUUGGUCUAGAUCCUUUCGCUGGCGUCGACCUGUCUACGGUUUCUUCUGAUACUUUGGUGAAUAUUACCAUGGAUGCUAUCAAUACUAUGCGAGAGGCUGCAGAGUCUGCGGAGACGGAUGACUUCGACCCUCAAAUCGACGCCGCUACUGGAGCUGCUGCUGAUGCCCUGAGUGUGGGCAAGACUAAGAACAAGGUCCUAAAGUUGACUGGCGAGAUCCAAGCCAUUAACAUAAAGAUCGCGCAAGCGCAGGCCUCCGGAGAUGACACCUCCGAUCUUGAAGAUAGUCUUAACACAGAGCAGACCAAACUGAACACAAAUAUUGCUGCAGACAAGGCUAACGCUGGAAAGACGUCGCAGGGUGUGGCGUAA